AUGGCAGAAAGAGCUUCUUCUGCAGCACGUAGCUCUUUCCGAGCCCGCGCCUGUGAUAAUUGUCGAGCCCGCAAGAUCAAAUGUGACAAGGAAAUUCCCUGCUCUUCAUGUGGAGCCUUGGGCAUUCCUUGUAGCGGAGUGGGAGUUGCCUCCCCCACAGUCCAAGAAGCGCCGAGACAACGUAUUCCUCACGAAUAUGAACAGAAGGUGGACGGCAUCCAGGAGCAGCUAACUGCUCUGCAACAAACUCUCCAGCAACUCAUCCAGUCCUCGACACCCACCACAGUCCUUCCAUCAGCUCGCCCUGUCCACUCCGCUCAUACAGCUCCUCCGUUCGAAGGACCGUCUUCAUUUCAUCACGAAACUCUUGUUGCCAGAGAUGCGGCCUUUUCUGCUGUCGCUACUUCAAGGUCCAGAGAGCCGGAUGAUCAUGUGUCUGCCGCUUUGUCGUCCCUUAGGCGUCGCCUUGAUCACUAUCAUGCGCCAGACGCGCCUACCACUGGGGUUGAAAGUCCCACAUUAUAUCACGACGGACAAGAACUUCUUCCAGUCGAGCUGGUCGUUGCUUUAGUACGGAAGGUCAAGGCCCGACCGCCCUUUUUUUUGGUGAGCCAAUCGUGGGCAAGCCCCCUACAGGUCGAGUCGCUUUGCCAGUCCAUUUAUUUUCCUCUACUACCCAUCCCAUCUGGAUCGUUGGCCUUUUUACACGGUCUGCUAUAUUAUAUUAUCCGAGGUUACCUUCACGAAGAACACCGCGAUCUGGCACAGUUUGACUUGCUGGCCCAUAUGAAAUUUUGCGAACGUCACUUCUCCGCCGCCCUGAACAGCUAUGAGAUGGUCAUGGCACCUACCGUGGAGAAGGUGCAGGCCUUGUUUAUUGCUAUCGUCAAAUCACAGGAAGAAUUCGAUAUUCAGCGAUGUUGGACCUAUCUCUCCAUUGCCUUUAACAUGUGCCAAACACUGGGCCUUCAUAGGAGUCAUGCCAUCAUGAAAGACCCUUUUCCGAUAGCGGAAUCCAAACGUCACGCAUUCUGGUCCCUUUACACGAUCGACAAAAACCUGUCCUUAAAUAUAGGCCUGGCGUCUCAUUUCCAGGAUCAUGACAUCGACGCGGACCUGUUCACCCCGUCGAAUGACCCCCAGCAGCGUCCUUGGGAUUUGAUGAGUCUCGUCACGGUGGAAUUUGCAGGAAUUCAGGGACGUGUAUACGACCAGCUGUACUCCACCGCCGCCUCUAAGGCCGCACAGACCACUCGCAUGAAGGCGAUUGAUGCCCUGUCUACCGAAUUAAUCGCUGUCCGUGAUAAACUUCUGAGCAUUGAUGUCAGCCCUGCCCUGUACUCGGACUCCUUGCACGGAAUGGCCGCUUGUGCGGACUUUAUCACCUAUUCGGUGUUGACGGUUAUCUACCGUGCGCAGACAGGGCCAGGGGACGGAAUGGGGAUUUCCUUAGAAUGCUACAAAGCCGGUAGUAUGGCUCUUCACAGUCAUCUCAAGUGCUUCACUUACUUCCGCGGUCGUCAGACCCAUAAACAAAUGGAAUAUGUCAACAGUAUCCUGUUGUACCCUUCCUUCGCACCAUUUGCGAUCGUCUUUACCCAUGCGAUCACCACCUCCAAUACUGCAGAUCUGGCCUUAUUGCAAGAGACGCUCGGGUCGCUCGAGUUAAUCAAAGACCUGUCUCCGGGGGCAAAGCAUCUACAUGCUAUUUGCGAGGCAUUCGUGAGGACCGCGCAGGUGCUGGUUGACACCCAGCAGACUCUUACCGGACUCGAGCAGCGCCAGGAUGGGUCCUUGUUUAUGCCCCCAAUUGUUGACGGGCCAGCCAAUGUCACUCUUCCGGAUGUCUCGUGGCCCGAGAAUACGUUUGAUUCCGCCAUGAAUCAAGAGGAUGUGUCUAUGUUUUUAAACGACUUUCUCGGCACGAACCGCCCGGUUAUGGAUAUAUUAAACGCUAGCUACCUAAAUUAUGUUCCAGAAUGAAAUGAUGGAGUUGGCACAAUGUCUGUCCCGACUAGCCACGACGCGGCGAUCCACUUCCCUGUCUGCUCGUUCUCAGUCCGCCUUAUUGUCUAUCUUCGACUGUCACGCCGUAUCAAAAGACAUACUGUCCUAUCUGUUAGCUCUAUCCUAUCCAUGGUUCGGUCCCGGAAGGCCUCUUACCGGAAUGAGCAAAUACGGCACCCGACGCUCGUACUCCAUCCACGCUUCACCAUACCGCC